AUGACUCACAGCAGCAGCAGCAGCUCUUUGUAUCACAGACCCAUUAUAAAAUCCAACCAUACCCUUUGGUUUGAGUGCAUUGCCGCCAACACGUGGAACUGAAUGUUGCGAUCUAGAUGUUCAGAUGCUGAGAUAUUGGGCAUGAAGCUUCCAUCCAUACAUACCUCUGCGAGGCUUUUUUUUUUUUUUGGCUGCUGGUGUGGUUUGUCCCCUGGCACAUGCAGCGGCCUAGAUCCUGUGAGUCAUUCUGUUGCUGUUGUUGAUGUUGUCUACAAGUGCUCGGUCGUGUAUCUGGACUUUGGGACCGCCCACUUCCCUACGUGCCCGCCUGCGUGCUGUCGAUCGGCGGAAAUGGCGUUGCGGGAAUUUAUACUUCCUCGGGGUGCGGUGAAACGGGGUCGUGUUUGGGAUUGUGUUUAUUUGCUAGGCGUUUGAGGGGUCAAUGCGGUUGGAGGGUUGGACUGGCU